UCAAACCAGUUGCCAAGUAUGUUGGCUAUGGGGCCAGGGGUUUGGGAUGCCUUCUGGUUUGGAACACUAAGGAUAUUGUAGCUGCUGAACACAUAAAUCCCAUGGCUUUGGUUAUAGUACAUGAAGGACAGUUAAAUGAUACCACUCUGGCUUAUGGUUUCAGCAAGAUGUUUGACUGGGGGUGGACUUGGAGAGCCAAAUUUCAGAGCCCAAAAACUUUUCUUAUGAGAUUUCCUAGUAAGGCCAAGCUGGUGGAGCUUAAAAACUUCAGCAAGUUCACCCUGCUUGGCAUAGGAGCUAUGGUGGAGGUUGAUUUUUGGAGUCCAGAUGAUAAAGCAAAAGGGAAACUUCACUCAGUUUGGAUUAAAAUGUGGGGAGUUCCUGACACUUUGAGACAUUACCUGGGUGCAUGUGAAAUUGGUUCAGCUCUGGGGCCAGUGGUUGAAGUGGAUGUAGAACACAUAUAUUCCAAGGAAGAAAUCAGGGUGAAAGUGGGAGUGAGAGACCUACACAAGAUCCCUGCUGGCACUGAAAUAACUACAAAAGACCUGCUACUUUAUGACAUUGGCUUUGAGUUUGAUGCUAUUGCAGAACAGGGGUGGUACAAGUUUGAUGAGGGAAAUAAAAGGAAAAUCUUUGAUUAUCUUGACCUAGAGAAUUCUAAAACACACAGAGAGAAUGAUAUGCAGAAAAAGAGCAAACAAUUUGAGUCUGGAAAAUCAAAUGUCAGUUUGGGGAGCUUGGGGUUGAAACAAUAUGAACAAGUGGUGCUCAAAACAGGUGACAUGACUAAAAAAAUUGAGAUAGCUAAGGAAAAGACAGAGGCAGUAAUAGUUAGAGACACUCAGGGUGAAGAAGAAAGUUUGAGGGUGAGAUUACAAAAGGCAGAGGAAUUAGCAGCCAGGCAGACUGCACAGCUUAUGUUGGAAGAAAAAAAGAGAAAAUAAAUGGAUAUCAUAAGGAAAACACUAGAAAAAGAGGUUCAGAGACAACAUGAACUGUUGCAAAUCAAUCUGAAAGUAAAUGAAGAGGUGAGGGGGUCACACUCAGGGGAAAAACACUGAAAAUGAAGAUGAGAGAGAGGAUACUAAGGAGGGAGCAGCAACAGAAGACAAGCAGGUGGAGGGGGAGGAAAUGACAGACCUUGAGCUGAUGGAUCAGACUGUUGGCCUGGGCUAUAUGGAGCCAGUGGAUUAUACUGCUAGCCAGGAAACUGAUUCCUUUGGAACAAAAGUUAAAAAAGCUAAGAAAGGAGAAUUGGAAUCACUAGAGGAUGAAGAACUAAGGAGAUGCACCAGAUUGAAAGGCAAAGAAGACCGCAAGAUCACUGAGCUAGCAAAAGAGAGAGUAGCUCAGAAGAACAAUUAUGACAAAUCCCGUAAGAAGUAAGAUGAUGGAGGCUGGAGUGAAACAAGUGGGUGAGGUGGCUGGAGAAGUGUUCAAAGCAGCUCAUGGAUGGCGUCUGAAGACUGGGAGAAUUCUGGGGUGAUCAGUGCCAACCUACCUCGGGACAAAAUUAUGAUGCUGCGAAGAACAACUGCUUCAACUACAAGCUUGCUCUCCUUGUUUUCUAGUCUGCCUUUGAUCUUUUAAUGUUGAGACAUUAAUAAUGAUGUAUGACUUUAAAAACAUGUUCCCUUACCAGGGCUGGGUCAAGCUUUGGAUCCUCCUGUAGGUUACUGCCUCGAGGAUA